CGAUCAAGGCAAUUGGCUGAAUCCCGUGAAACCAUUUCAUAGACGGGGGGAGCGGAGCCCGGCCCGAGCGGAGCAAACCGAAAACGGCCACUGAAAAGCAAAUUAAAAUUCACGCCUCGUUCAACCCCUCUCUCUCUCUCUACGCGUGGGAAAUCUGAAUCGCGAUCGUAUCCCGACGACGACGGCGGCGGCGGCGGCGAUGGACGGAGGAGCGGGCGGCGGGGGGACGCUGUCGGAGGUGUACCAGAGCGCGAAGAGGCUGCUCCUGCGGACGAGGGACGCGCUCGAGCGGCUGGAGAGGCUCGAGUGCUCCACGGCCACGGCCGCCGCCGGCGGGAUGGACUCCCCGGAGCUGUCGGCCUCGAUCAGGAGGGACGUCGUCCAGAUUCAGUCCCUCUGCAUCGAGAUGGACCGGCUCUGGCGGUUCCUAGGCGCCAAGUCUCAGCGCGAUCUCUGGAGGAGAAAGGUGGAACAAGUAGCUGAAGAGGCUGAGUCAUUGAAAGUGAGCCUAGACAAGUACUCCUCAAGAAAUCAGCAAAAAAUGAUGGAAGCUAAAGAGAGGGCAGAAUUGCUUGGACGAGCUAAUGGGGAUUCUGCUCAUGUUCUAAGUAUUUUUGAUGAGGAAGCACAAGCAAUGCAAUCUGCCCGUAAUUCAUCCAGGAUGCUGGAAGAAUCGUAUGCUACUGGAGUAGCCAUCCUUUCUAAAUAUUCUGAGCAAAGGGAACGCCUCAAGAAAGCUCAACGAAGAGCAUUGGACAUUCUUAACACAGUGGGACUCUCUAAUUCUGUACUGAAACUCAUUGAGAGGCGGCAUCAUGUUGACAAGUGGAUCAAGUAUGCAGGCAUGAUCUUGACGCUCAUCAUAUUGUAUGCCUUCUGGAGAUGGACAAGGUGAUCUGGUUUAUACGUUUGGAUGGUCACACUAUAACUUUCCUAAUUUUUUCAAUUGUAAUAUCUUUCUCCUGUGAUGAGUUGAACUUGAACAUGCCCUUCUUUUCUAAAGAGGGAUAGUUAUUGUAUAUGUAAAUUUUGGUUAUAUCAACGAUUUACUAAUUGUGAGGGAGAAAGUAUGCCUGAAAGAAACAGGGGAAAAAAAGGAAAAUAGAUGCUUGCAAUCUGCUUGGCUGUCACUCUUA